ACGGCGAGUCACGAGAGUUCGAACUUUAUCAGUGUGACGGGGGACUUCCAGAGCACGAGGAAGAGCAGUGUAGUUUAAAAAAAAAUAACCGACGCUGCUUCGCUUAUCACCCUAAACGUUUGGCCGCUAGGAAGAUUUCUGGUUUAUUUUUUGUAGUGAUGCAUUUUACUAUGAUACACGGGUCCUCUUCGAGCUGAUAGGAAGCCAGUCAGCUAGCGAGCUGGCUAACUAAACUAUCCGAAGGUGAAGUGGUAGCAGUCAUCGUUCAGAGUUUCGCUAGCGUAGCUUCCGUCUAACACACCCACUUUCUGCCUGUUUGUUGUUCACGUUGGUUUCAAAUAACUUGGACUUCAACCAACUUCAACACAACAGCAUGCUUUGGCCAAACAGAGCGUUUCACCGUUGUUAGCCAGCUAGCGAGGCGAAUGGUCUCUUCAGCGCCCGAACAGGCUCGCUAGCCAACCGAAACUGGAGUCGGCCUGAAAAUACAGCGGCGUGGACGGUCUCAUUUGUGUGUUUACCACACAUUUAAGGACAAAACGCUACCUUGACGGUUUACUUCUAUGCAGUUGCUUAAUCGGGCUUUGGGGGAAAUAAGGAAGCAUUCAGCUACGCCUUUCUGCGUCCCUGGAGCACUGAAGUGCCUGGCGCAUCUCGUGAGAGCAGCUCUCUCAGCAUGCUGGACAAAAGAGCGGAGAUGAGCAGAUUGGAUUUCUGAGCGUUUUAAGAUUGUUUGGAACUGUCCGUUUGGGGAAGCCGGGAACACGAGAGGCAAGAAUGAAGAAGUUUUCGCGGAUGCCGAAGUCCGAGAGCGGAAGUCUCGGGGGUGGAUCUGGAUCUGGUACUGGAAGCAGCAACUACAUCGGGAAGGUGUUUGCUGUGGGUCGAUACCAAGUGACGGUGGAAGAGCUAAUCGCUGAAGGAGGUUUCUCCAUGGUGUUUCUGGCCCGCACACACAGUGGAGUAAGAUGUGCCCUGAAAAGAAUGUAUGUGAACAAUGUCCACGAUUUGAACAUCUUCAAGCGGGAGAUCACAAUCAUGAAAGAGUUGUCGGGCCACAAGAACAUUGUGCGGUAUCUGGACUCGAGCACCAAUGCGGUCGGAGACAGUGUCUGGGAGGUUCUGAUUCUGAUGGAGUAUUGCAAGGCUGGUCAGGUGGUGAAGCAGAUGAAUCAGCGGCUGCAUAUAGGAUUCACAGAAGUGGAGGUGCUCAACAUAUUCUGUGACGCAUGUGAAGCUGUUGCCAGACUCCACCAGUGUAAAACUCCAAUCAUUCACAGAGACCUAAAGGUAGAAAACAUUCUCCUAAAUGACCAGGGAAACUACGUCUUGUGUGACUUUGGAAGUGCCACACAUAAAGUUCUGCUUCCACAUAAAGAUGGAAUAGCAGCGGUGGAGGACGAGAUCAAGAAGUACACAACUCUGUCAUACCGUGCCCCAGAGAUGAUCAACUUGUACCAAGGGAAAGCCAUCACCACAAAGGCUGAUAUCUGGGCACUUGGAUGCUUGUUGUACAAGCUGUGUUUCUUCACACUUCCAUUUGGGGAGAGUCAAGUUGCCAUAUGUGACGGAACCUUUGCUGUUCCGGACGGUUCAAAAUUCUCCUCUAAGUUGCACAGUUUAAUGAGAUACAUGUUGGAGCCUGAUCAAGAAAAGAGACCUGACAUCUAUCAAGUUUCUUACUUUGCCUUUCGCUUAACUGGAAAGGAGUGUCCAGUGCCAAAUCUCUUUAGCUCUCCCCUUCCCACCUCACUUCCAGAGCCCCUUACUGCUAGUGACAUUGCUGCUAAAAAGAGCCUGACAAAAGCCAGAAUAACAGAUUCAAUUGGACCAACCGAAACAUCAAUUGCACCCAGGCAAAGACCCAAAGCUGCAAAUAGUAAUGUUUUACCUUUGCCCAGCUCUGUAACUCCUGUGAAAAUGACUGUAUCCUCAGGUACAGUUAGCAACGGUCAGAAAGCUUCUGGAAACGUGCAGCAGUCAGCUGCACAGAUGCCAAGCAGCAGUCAACAGAACCGAGUGUUACAGCAGCUGCAGCCUGGAGACCUUCGACUGCAACAGCUACAUCAUCAACAACAGCAGCAGCAGCAGCAGCAGCAGCAGCACAAUAUACACCAUCAACAGCAAGUCACUGCACAGCAGCUGCAGUACAUGCAACAGUAUCAUCAGGCCAUGCAGCAGAGCCUUCAGAUGCAGCAACAGCAGAUGCUUCAGCAGCAGAUGAUGAUGCAGCAGCAGCCCAUAUAUCAAUCUCAGCAGCAACAGCAGGCCCACUACACUGCCUUGAUGCUUCAGUACCAGCAGGCCUUUGUUCAGCAGCAGCAGCAGCAGCAAUGUGCUCCAGUCCAACAGGUGACCUAUAUCUCCCCUCUGGAGUUCCAGACCCCACUGGGCUCCUAUAACCCUGCCGGACCUUCUCCAGUAGAGAUCCCCUUUGCUAACAUCAGAAACCCAGUGUCCACCGGGGGUGUUAUGAGCCCUCCUCCCCAGACUGUCAAUAACCCUCUUGAUAUGUCUGGUUGGAACCCAUUUGGAGAAGACAAUUUCUCCAAGCUCACAGAAGAGGAGCUUCUCGAUCGAGAGUUCGACCUUCUAAGAGCAAAAAAGCCAGUAGAGCGAUCUCUCGGCAUGGAGGCCAGCAGCAUAGACAGACAGCAGCCGGUGCUGCAGCCCUCACUCCCUGAGGAUCCAUUUGGCUCUGUGCCGUUCCUGGCCAACGCAGCAGGAGCUGGAGUGCUGACAGCAGAGCAUCCAGUUGAGAAGCUCAGUGUUGCUGUGACUGUUCAAGCCUCACAAGACACAACCCGGCAAUCAGUCAAAGAGCACAAACCUGCAAAGAAAAGUAGCUCCAGCAGUUCAAUGCCUCAGGAAUCAGACAGUGAUUUUGAGUCCGACCCGCCCUCUCCCAAAAGCAGUGAAGACGAGGAGGCCGAAGAGGAGGAAGGUCUCCACAGCGAACGUGAAGACACUGAACCUGAGAACCUGGGUCAGAGGCCGUUACUCAUGGACUCUGAGGAAGAGAUAGAGGAAGAGGAGGACAAACACAGCUCAGAAUCAGAUUGUGAUUCGAGCAAAGCAAAACUUGGGUCGUCGAAGGAAAAGGCUGAAAUUUUGCCUCCUAGAUCUUUGGAAGCUGAAUCUGGACCCAGUGUGAUCCCUCCUCUCAGUUCGCCAAGUAUAGUCAUGCCCGUCGCGAGCAUUGUGGAUGUGUUUGGUGCAGUUCCUUUUGUUGGCAGUGGUCAGCCCAGAGUGUCACCGGAGAGCUUAGAUAUUUUUGGCAAAGCCCGUUUUAGGCAGGCUAGCCAGGAGGGCGCUACAGAAGAGAUUGACGUAUUCACCAAAGCUCCUUUCAACAGAAACCUCUCCAGGUCCAGCAGGAGUGGCGAUGGACCCAGCGGCCAGACGCCACCCAUUUCUCCCGACAGCGUGGAUGUAUUCGGAUUCUCGCCUUUCCAACCUAGCCAUGUAAUACCUGCUUCUGGAAAUCAGGAGGCGAUCUUUGGCCAAGCACCUUUCGACGAAGCAGAUAGUCCCCAGCAACAGAGGCAGAAGCAGCGCAGUCUUCAGAAACUCUCCUCGCGGCAAAGGCGCACCAAGCAAGAGGCCAGUGGCGGGAAUGGGAAGCGACACCACAGCACGCCCACUAGCGGCAGGAAGAGCAACAAACCCAGUUUCCGUACACCCGAACGGGUUCGAAGGCACAAGAAAGUGGGCAGAAGGGACUCACAGAGCAGCAACGAGUUCCUCAGCACGUCAGACUCCAAAGAGAACAUCAGUAUUUCCCUGGGCGAAGUGAUGGAAAAAGGAGAUGUGUUGUCCUCGGAGGAGGUCUUUUUGGAUCCGUUUGGAGCCAAGCCUUUUCAUCCACAAGAUGGCAGUCGACACGGUCAGCACCAGAGCUUGGGAGACAACAAAAGCGAGAUCAAUUCGACCAACGGUAGGCCGAGAACCAGUUCCCUACAUAGCGUGUUUGAUGGAAAUAAGAUCGAUGACUUUGGAGCUGUACCUUUCACAGAACUGGUGGUCCAAAGUGGAGCUCCGCAAACUCCACAAAUGGAUCUCGACCCUUUCGGAGCUGCACCUUUCCCCUCAAAGCAGUGAAUGUCUUGUCUUCCAGCACACAUGCAGAGAUGAUACAUACACCGCAACAUAAUGCAAAGUCCAUGCAGCCUUUUGAAAUGUCUUUUAAGCGACGGGAGCUUUGUGCUGUGAUCUCUGUGUAUGUGCACUCCAUUGGGACAUAGGCCUUUAAACUAGGUAACAUUCAACUUUUGUAUUUUUUCAUGUAUUUUAAUACCUAACUGGACAGCUAAAACACAUAUUUUCCUUUUGGUGACUUAAGCCUGUGGUAGAUGGACGUUUUCAGAAAGGCUUUCGAAGCAUAUUCUUUAGUCUUUACAUGCUAGAAAGCAUUAUAUGCUGCAAUACAAUAAGCCCUCUGCUCAUUGGAAAUUAUAGUACAGCAUUUUGUAAUUUGUACUCCAUUGUUGACCACUGAGUUGGUACAACUCCUAUCUAGCAACAUGAAACACCAUAAAGCCUUAUCUGGGGAUUCCCCACCCUGCUUAACAAUACCUCGAAUGCACAAUGACUGUAGUUGCCUGUUUGUAUCAAUGGAAUAUCAAUGGAGUGUAGGCCUUCUCCAUUUUAAUGUCAUUCGCAUAGAUGAUUUUAUGCAUAUUUUUACAUUUUAAAUGCAUUGUGUUUUAAAGCCUAAGUUUUCAAUGUCUACAUGAAAAGAGACUUGAUUUAAUGUUCCCUUUAGUAAACCGACCACACAAGAGAAGUUAAACUUGCAGUUUAUUAGACAAUAGUUAUGACUCGCAUAGAAAUAAUUCCUCAACCUGAAAUAAACAUCUUAAUGUUAUCAAUGAUUAUAAUAAUAGGUGUUCCACUAUGUCUGUAUAUACCAGUAACCUACAAUCAUGAGCAGUUAGCUCUUGUGGAAAGGGAAUAGAAUGAAUGAAUGUGUUCAAUGCAAUUUUGCGUAUUUAUAUAUCAGUCAUUUGUUUGAAGCAAUUUUUAACAUUGACAUUUUAGUCAUGAAGGGUAUCACAAUUUAACUGAUGAAAGGGCCAUAUAGAUUCAGUAUUUACACUAACUGAAUAUCUGCAAUUUGAGCAUUCAAGACCAAAAAUCUACUUAUUUUUGUUUCAGACGUUGCAAGAUUUUUUCUUAUGUAGUACUGUGCUCUUAACAAUGCAAUAAAAUAGUUUUUUUGGAGGUCAUUAAA